AUGAACACCGGCGACGGCAACGGCGACAGCAGCGGCAAUGGCAUCUGCUUCCCCUCUGAUGUCCUCGUCGACAUCCUCGGCCGCCUCCCUAGACGCGCCCUCGCCAGGUCGUGCUGCGUGUGCCGCACAUGGCGCGCCCUCGUCACCGCCCAUAAACUCAUCCCUCCGCUGCUCCCGCUCCGGCUCCCGCACUACUUCCCACGGCGUGCUUUCGGAGGCAUCUUCUUCAACAAGAACGGGUUCGCGUCCAACACUUCCUUCUUCGGCCCGCCGGGCUCCGAGCGCCUCUUCUUUCCGCACGAGGCUAGGGUGCGCCAGUCAUGCAAUGGCCUCCUCCUCCUCCAUGAUUGCGUGCUCAACCCGGCGACCGGGCGGUGUUCUCGCCUACCAAGCCUAAAGCCGUGGCGGCGCGCCGCCGUUGAGGCACUCGCCUUCGACCCGGCCGUGUCACUGCACUACGAUGUGUACCACCUUGAGGAACUAGCAGCAAGACCAAACCAAGGCGAGGUUCUGCAGCAGCUCGAGAAGUCGCUGGUGUCGUUGCUUGUGUACUCAUCCCGCACCGGGCGGUGGGAGAGCCGGGAACUCGUGCCUGGGCGCUGCGCCCCAGGGCACCUCUACGACGCCGUGGCGACCCCUAAGGAGGAGGAGAAACAGGAUGACGAUGGAUACUCCUGGAGCUCAUACGACCAGGAGCAUGAAGAUAACGAUGCAUAUUCAUGGAACUCGGACACGGACAACUUCAUCGACAUAGAUGGAGGCGCCGAACUCCUGGGCCCGCCAUCGUGGGGUAACUACUGCAGGAUCGUUGGAUUUCAUCCUCACAAGAACGCACUCAUCCUCAUAAUUGACUUUGCGGUGGUAGUGUACCAUCUCGACACAUCAAGGAUGCAAUAUAUUGGCGAGGAUAGCCAGCUCAUGAGAAAUCCCUAUACACAUGCUUCUUGUGUCAACGGUUCCUUCACCUACCGACCUUGCUACGCGGACGUGCUAACAGGCGAAUAA